GUAAGCGGUUCCUGCGGUGUUGUCUUCACAAGCAAGACCUACAGGAGGGCCUGCAGCACUUGGUCCAAAACAAAGUGCACAGGGCUAGGGAAGGUGGACUUUCUCAGAUUGACUAUGUGGACUGGCUUCAUAACUCAGCCCUUUUGCAUCCCUCUGCCUGCGUAGACAUAGACGCCUACAGUAGGAAGGGGAUGUUGACUGCGUCUGGAAUGGAGAAGUCGUAGGUGGUCACAGAAAAGUUCUGGCCCCUGCUGCCCGUUCUAGUCCUAGCACAGGAGGCUUCAGUUAAGCUACGGCAGCCCUUCUUCCCAUUCUCUCCUCUCUGAGGCUUCGAACCCCAGGCCUCGCCGUUGAACUUAUCAAGGGACCGCAUACCUCACACAAGGGCUCGGACCAUGGUGCAGUCCCACCGGCUCCCCUGCCCCCCUCUCCUGUGAGACUGGCUGCGGGGAGGGAUCAUGGAUACUUGUCUGCCGGCUUCUGGUUCCCACGCAAGUAAGCCUGCUGUCAAUGGAGGAGGACAUUGAUACCCGCAAAAUCAACAACAGUUUCCUGCGCGACCACAGCUAUGCGACCGAAGCUGACAUUAUCUCUACGGUAGAAUUCAACCACACGGGAGAAUUACUAGCGACAGGGGACAAGGGGGGUCGGGUUGUAAUUUUUCAACGAGAGCAGGAGAGUAAAAAUCAGGUUCAUCGUAGGGGUGAAUACAAUGUUUACAGCACAUUCCAGAGCCAUGAACCCGAGUUCGAUUACCUGAAGAGUUUAGAAAUAGAAGAAAAAAUCAAUAAAAUAAGAUGGCUCCCUCAGCAGAAUGCAGCCUACUUCCUUCUGUCUACUAAUGAUAAAACCGUGAAGCUGUGGAAAGUCAGCGAGCGUGAUAAGAGGCCAGAAGGUUACAAUCUGAAAGAUGAGGAGGGCCGGCUCCGGGAUCCUGCCACCAUCACGACCUUGAGGGUGCCUGUCCUGAGACCCAUGGACCUGAUGGUGGAGGCCACCCCGCGAAGAGUGUUUGCCAACGCACACACAUAUCACAUCAACUCUAUAUCAGUCAACAGCGACUAUGAGACCUACAUGUCAGCUGAUGACCUGAGGAUUAACCUCUGGAACUUUGAAAUAACCAAUCAAAGUUUUAGUAUCCUUUCCUGGGGGCCAAUAGCCAGUUGGCUUGAAUCAUAA